CAGAAAGUUGGGGGAAUGGAUGGAGAUAACCAGAGUGAGAACUCACAGUUCCUUCUCCUGGGGAUCUCAGAGAGUCCUGAGCAGCAGCAGAUCCUGUUUUGGAUGUUCCUGUCCAUGUACCUGGUCACGGUGCUGGGAAAUGUGCUCAUCAUCCUGGCCAUCAGCUCUGAUUCCCACCUGCACACCCCCAUGUACUUCUUCCUGGCCAACCUCUCCUUCACUGACCUCUUCUUUGUCACCAACACAAUCCCCAAGAUGCUGGUGAACUUCCAGUCCCAGAACAAAGCCAUCUCCUAUGCAGGGUGUCUGACACAGCUCUACUUCCUGGUCUCCUUGGUGACCCUGGACAACCUCAUCCUGGCCGUGAUGGCGUAUGAUCGCUAUGUGGCCAUCUGCUGCCCCCUCCACUGUGUCACAGCCAUGAGCCCUGGGCUCUGUGUCUUGCUCCUCUCCUUGUGUUGGGGGCUGUCUGUUCUCUAUGGCCUCCUCCUCACCUUCCUCCUGACCAGGGUGACCUUCUGUGGGCCUCGAGAGAUCCACUACCUCUUCUGUGACAUGUACAUCCUGCUGUGGCUGGCAUGUUCCAACACCCACAUCAUUCACACAGUGUUGAUUGCCACUGGCUGCUUCAUCUUCCUCACCCCCUUAGGGUUCAUGACCAAAUCCUAUGUACGUAUUGUCAGAACCAUCCUUCAAAUGCCCUCAGCCUCUAAGAAAUACAAAACCUUCUCUACCUGUGCCUCGCAUUUGGGUGUGGUCUCCCUCUUUUAUGGGAUGCUUGCUAUGGUGUACCUGCAGCCCCUCCAUACCUACUCCAUGAAGGACUCAGUAGCCACAGUGAUGUAUGCUGUGGUGACACCUAUGAUGAACCCUUUCAUCUACAGCCUGAGGAACAAGGACAUGCAUGGGGCUCUGGGAAGAGUCCUACGGAGACCCUUUCAGAGGCCUAAAUGA